AUGUCUCCAUUCGAGAUAGUCUAUGAAUUCAACCCCAAGACCCCAAUGGAAUUCACACCAUUACCACCAGCUGAAGCCGUGAGCUUAGAUGGAGAAAGAAGUGCUGAUUUAAUAAAGAAACUACAUCAAAAGGCAAAGGAGAACUUGGAGAAGAGAACUGAACAAUAUGUGAAGCACGCCAACAAAGGACGCAAAGAAGUGGUGUUUGAACCAGGAGAUUGGGUAUGGCUGCACAUGAGACAUGAAAGAUUCCCAAACCAAAGGAGUUCAAAGCUAGCACCAAGAGGAGAUGGACCUUUCAAGAUACUAGAGAAGAUCAACAACAACGCCUACAAACUCGAACUACCAGGUGAGUUUAACAUAUCUUCAACUUUCAAUGUAUCUGAUCUAGCUCCCUAUAUUGCAGAUGAUCCAGUUUUGAGGUCAAAACCUCUUGAAGAAGGAGGGAAUGAUGAGGCCAUUCAAGCUGAGCCAGACUUAACCGAGCCACAACUACAAGAUGUCGAAAUACCAGUCAUUCAUGAAGGCCCAAUAACAAGACAAAGAGCUAAGAUUCUUCAAUACAAGUACAACCAAAGCAUGCUACAAGCAAUGUCUCAAGUGGAUCAAGAGAGGCCAAGAGAAGACCAUGAACAAGUGGAGCCACAUAAUGAAGCCCAUCAACAACAAGCUUGGACUGGAUUACUUGAAGAAUGCCAAGAGCUAGCAAACGGCCCAGCUUCAAAGAGUCAAGAUAUUUGGCCCCUUUUACCAAAUCAAGCCCAAGUCUACAUGCUGACUAUCUCGCCAAUGAACCAAGACACUUAA